AUGAGCCUCAAGAUCAUCCAAGGACUGGCUUUCGCCAUGUGCGUGGCCGCUGCUACAGAGAGCUCACCCGGUGAUCCUGAUUUUUACAACACUGUUGCUGAGAUAUUCUCGGGGCCCGACUGUAGCGAAGAAAGCUUUGUUUGGGCGGAUCCCAUAUUCGGGAGCGGCGGGAGUUGUCAACCUCUCGAUAGACACGGGAAUACCCCUGACAUCCUCAGCUACAAACCUACCGAUAUCUAUCCUGACUGCAUUGUUACACUUUACACGGAUACCGAAUGCAAUAGCACACCGUACUCGGCGGAGGUAAACCAAUGUGUUCAAGCGGGUAUUCCUUUCGUCAGUGCCUUCGUGCAGUGCCCGUUCUCGAUUAAACCGGAAAGUGCCUAG